AUGUGGCGAACAUUGCUGGUAUGUGUGACUACUCUAACUGUACACUGUGAUGUUCAAACAGGUUCUGCUAUAUGCAGACACCACUCUACCUUUAGACAAGCAGCUGACUGGGACAUUACAGUAACAUGUGGAACUGAUAGUAUCCAUCUGAGCAUCCUGCUGUGUCCAGUCUACUACGCUGGUUUCAAUGAAUCUCUUAUAGCCCUCAAUGGAAAAUUUAACACUCCAGCCUGCCAUGGAAUUGCAGAUUUGAAAGCCAGUACCCCUGUCCUGAAGUUUAAUUUCUCAGUCUCUGCAGAUGAAAUGUCCUUCUGUGACAGUUCUCUUGAGCUUUCAGAUGAGGUGGACACAGACCAAUUCUCUAACUACAGAGUCCAGUUUGUCAACAUUUCCGGAAGCAUCGUUUCUCAGGAACCAGUCAGGGACCCCUUCACAUACCACCAAAAGCUUAUUUAUCAGUUCUCCUGCCGCUACCUGCUGCAGUAUUCAGUCAACGACACUAAAAUAAACGUGUUAGACCUAGCUGCCCGAGAAAACAAAGGAAGUUUUGUCAGGGCACUCCAUAUGAAUUUCUUCACUAAUCGAAAAUAUACACAGUUUCUAAAAAUACCUGAAAAAGGGCUACAACUGAAAACUCGAAUAUAUGUCCAGGUCAAGGCAACAAAUCUCAGUAAAAGGUUGAAUGUCCUGCUUGAUCGCUGCUUUACAACAACAAGCCCUUAUCCAACAAGCACAAUUUAUUAUGACCUUUUUAUUGGGUGCAGACAUGAUGGGCAGACAGUAGUGUACUUAAAUGGUGUAUCCCAAGAAGCACGCUUUUCCUUUGAGGUCUUUCAUUUUAUGCAGCCCCAGAACCAGACAGUCUCCACAUUCUACCUGCACUGUGUCACCCGACUCUGUGAGAAUUCCACCUGCCUCUCCAUGCUCCCGAACUGUAUAAAGAAGGCAAGAAGAGCACUCCAAUUGGGUCAGUACUUAAGCAAUGUGAAAACUGUUUCUUCAGGCCCAAUCAAGACAAGAAUUGACAGUGACUGUGUGACAGGGGUCACCAUACUCACAUGCUUGUUAAGUAUCUGUUGUACUGGACUGAUUGUGCAGAUUUUGAUCUACAGGAGGCACACAUGUUUUACUAGGUGA